UGCUGGGAAAUUUAAAAUUUUUUGUAGACAGAUAGCUUGCUAACAAAAAGGAAAGCAAAUAGAAAAAAUUACGACUGUCAAUUUAUUAUAACAGAAACGCAAUUAUCUAGCUAAGCUAACAAAAAGGAGAAAUUGCUGACCAGCGUUUAUUCGCAAAAUGGCGGUCAACGAAUGGGCAUCAAAUAAUUUGAGGCAAAUGGUCAUACAGCAAAUUGAAGAAACAUACAGUAAUUAUGGAAACCCAACACGCAAAAGCAGUCAAGAAGUUGAAAAACAUAUAUUGGCGAAGGCGCAUUCAAGAGAUGACUAUCUCCAGAUGGUUGCCAGGCUAAUAUUGCAUAUCAAAGAAGUGCGAGGGGCACAUGUGGUACAACAAGAUGGACAAUAUAUAGGUUCUAUGGUUAAUCCAGGUGGCACUGGUGCCAAUCCACCUUCAAUUCAACAAUCAGCAAUGAACACCUCCACACCACAACAACAAACAAUGAAAGCUUUACAAAACAGUCUGGUUCAACAACUUAACCAGAAAGCACAAAAAAACGCACAAAAUAUAGCGCAGUCAACGAGUCAACCAAUGCAAGUGACUAUGCAAGGAAGUCAAAUUAUUAACCGUGGACAAAAUAUGAUGACGCAACAACAACCGCAGCAAGCACCACAGCCUACUAUGCAAAAACAACAUAUACAAGCCAAUCAACCAUUCUCGAUUGGUAACCCACUACAACAAGGUUUAGCUGGUGUGAACAUGAUGGUCAAUGUGACAUCAGCAAUGUCAACGCAACCAAUGCAGCUGCAACAACAGAAAAUGCAACAAGUACAGCAUCUUUCUCAGCAACAACAAAUGCAGUUACAACAACAACAGCAACAGCAACAACAGAAUCAACAACAAAAAAAUCAGCAACAACAACAGCAACAGUUGCAACAACAACAACAACAACAACAAAAUACAUUAAUGCAACAGAAAGAACGUUUGAUCAUGAAGAAGGUUCAGCAAUUUAAAAUUCAAAACCAAAUGCCAGGUGUAAGCCAGGGUAAUGUUAUGUCUUCGAAUCAGCUACUAGCAUCACAGGGAUUUACGGUACCUUCCAUAAAGACUUCAGCUCCCACCCAACAGCCCAAAGCGCAACCGCAAGCUCCACUUUCCAAACACAUGUCCGCACCAUCCCCACAAACGAGUAUACAACCUGCACCAUCUCCACAGCAGCCCACUCCAUCACCUGGCAGUUACAACCCUCCAUCUGUUGGUCCUUCUCCUAGUCCACUGACACCUGCAGAGGAACAACAAUACUAUGAAAAGUUAAGAGAGAUGAGCAAGUACAUAGAUCCCUUGACAAAAUUGAUCAACCAAAUGCCUACUGGCGAUGACCACAAAAGAGAUCGUGAUAAAAUGAAUGGUUUACUGGAUAUGUUGAAAAAUAACAAAAGAACGCGACUAACCGUGCUGGCAAGAUGUGAACCUGUUCUUGUCCGACUGUUCCCUGAUGUGAGUUCAAAUACGUCAAGCAUGCAAUCAACACCUCCAAAAAUACCAAUGCCACAGACGGGAGAGGUGGUGAAAAAUGUCAUGUCCUCAUCACAACUUAUGACUGAGACAAGACAAAAUAUUCUACCUGGUAUGCUAGCGCUGAAUGCACCCAUGAUCAGUCCGCCUCCACCACCACCUAAAUCUCGCAAAAGACAAUCCUCGUCACCAGACUCCCCUCCAGCCAAGAAGUCUCCUCUCCCGCGAGCUCUACAAAUGGAGAUUGUUCACUUGUUUGAGAAAUUCAAGAUUAGUUUGGACCAAUCACAGGCUGUCGACAGGACAGGCGUCACCGUUCUGUGUCGAUGCAGAGAAGAAAAUAUGUCUCAGAAAUCUGGUACCUUAUCAGUACGCAUUCCUGGAAAUUACCCCAAGAGUGAACCCAACUAUACGCUGAACACUUUCAACCAAUCCGAUCAAGUAUCCGAUAUUGAAAAUCGGAUGACAAAGAAACUGAUGAGAUUGCAUCACUCCGUCACAUUUUCGUCCAUUCUGACGGCUUGGGAACAAAGCAUUCGUGAAACACUCGUUACGUAGAAAAUGAAAGAUGACAGAAAAACACAAUAUACUGCUCAUUUUUUUGGAUUGUAAAUAGUGAAAAUAUUUUGAUGUUAUAUUUAUAUGCUCUUUGGAAUUUAUAAGAAAAUAGUAGAAAUCUUUAGUAGAAAAA